UUCAGAGAGCGUUUCUUAGCCGAUACUCCACGGUCCGUGGCCACUUUCCUGAGGCGCGGCGGACGCCUAGUCAGUGCGCGAGAGCCUGGUUGAGCUCGUAGCUGCCGGGGGCUGAGAAUCUACCAUUGUUUCAUGCCAAGAAUAAAGUAUAUGUUGGAGGCUUCUUUUUACACUUCCCUGUAUCUUCUGCCACUAAGACUAUUGAGGCUACCAUUUGGAAGCAAUGAGUUUAAAACCUUUUACCUACCCAUUUCCAGAGACGAGGUUUCUUCACGCAGGACCCAACGUGUACAAAUUUAAAAUCAGAUAUGGCAACAGCAUCAGAGGAGAAGAGAUAGAAAAUAAGGACGUCAUCAUCCAGGAGCUGGAGGAUUCCAUCCGUGCAGUCUUGGGAAACUUGGACAAUCUGCAGCCCUUUGUUACAGAACACUUCAUUGUGUUUCCCUAUAAAAGCAAGUGGGAGAGAGUUUCCCACCUGAAAUUCAAACAUGGAGAAAUCAUCUUGAUCCCCUACCCUUUUGUUUUCACUCUAUAUGUGGAGAUGAAAUGGUUUCAAGAAAACCUGUCACCUGGGAAACCAAUAAAUGAYACUCCUCUUGGAUUGCUUCUAACUGAGAAGAGAGCAGCAGGAGCCUCCGUGAGGAAACGAGGACUUGUGGAAGAGCCAAGCUCCCCCAGCAGGACGGGGCUGCACAGGGCCAAGAUAGGGACUUCUAGUCAAGAAAGCAGCAAAAAGAAGCCCCAUAUGGAAACCAGGAAGAACAAGGAAAGAAAACCCCAGCAGGAAUGGCAGGCGAACCUAGAUUCUGAUACCACUGAUGCCCAGGAACAGGGUUCUAAAAAGGAACACAGUCUGCCAGGGCCAGUUGUCCCACCAUUACAGCAAAACAACCCACCUCCACCUAAAGAGCUAGGAACCAGUGGCUUCUUUGGGUUUCUAAGCACUGUCUUCCCAUUUCGAUAUUUCUUCAGAAAGAACAGCCAGUGAGCCUUCCAGACUCAGCAGCAGGGAGAAGCUCCUCUCUAACAGCAACCCCUCCAGAGCUGUUCCUCCU